AUGCACAGCUUCGCUGCCCUCGCCGCUCUCGCCGCUGUCGGCCUCGUUAACGCCCAGGAGAGCAUCGAGUUCGGCCCCGCCUUCUCUCUCGGCCCUACUCAGUCAUGGAUCCGCGAGGCUACCACCACCCUGGUGCUCCCCGAGGUCCCUAGCCCCCAGGAGGACCGUCUCGCUCUGUGGCCCGGUAUGGGCACCAGCGGUGGUGACCUGAUCCAGGCUCUUGCCGUCUCUUUCUCGGACCCUAACGCCAACUGCGGCGCCAAGGAAGGCCAGUGGUGCACCUGGGCUAGCACCCUGCAGGACACCCAGCUGGGCGGAAAGCAGGUCCCUGCCUCCGCUGGCGACAAGGUCGAGAUGCACUACAAGUUCAACGACGAGACCAGCAAGUACGACCAGACCGUUUCCAUCAACGGCGAGGUUGUCUCCACCUUGUCGACCAGCUCCGGCCAGGCCCAGGGCUGGGGUACCGCCGUCGAGGCCCAGGACAACGCCUCCAAGAGCAAGGUCGCUGCUCACAAGUACGUCGACACCACCAUCAUCCUGAACGCUGCCGACUCCACCUUCGCCGGCACCCUUGGCCUGAACAACGCCGACUCGACCGGCCUGAACACCGAGGACAACAAGACCUUCAAGGUCGACACCAUCACCAUCAACGCCCACACCUUUAACUUCUAA